AUGUUGGACAAUGUCUGCAUACCGAUCAAUCUUGAUGCCUUCGUGCUAAACAAGCCGUCUUGCGAUACCCAAGGAUCUACAGUGCUCGUGGCUCCUAUUACGCAGCCAGAUUAUGUCGGGCUACGACUUGAUAGUUCAGUCAUUAAGCAUGACGUCCUCCCACCUAUUGAUCUUCAUGCUUCUCGGCCCGCUAUAUUGAACCCUAGGAUUUCAAAGGCAUAUUCUAGCGAGCCCAAACCUGUCGUGAUCCAAGAUCCUGCUCCGAACUUUGAAGUCAACCCAGAGGGUUCAGUCAUUGAAUCUCGUCUUGGUGUCUAUCUUCACUGGAGCCUGUCUCGGGGCUACAGGACUGGAGCGAGUGCUGCUCCAGAGACCGAGAGACAUAAUCCAGAUAAUGGUACGGAAGCAUCUACCUCGCCAAAUCCAACAUUUCGUCUCGUUCCAAACAGAUGGCUUGUUGUUCGAAUUCUCAAGGAGUUCCUCCCAGCAGAUGCUAGAAUUCCCAAGGUAGAUGCGUGGGUAGUGGAGUCAGACCGUUUGCAAACGAUCGAAGAUCUUGCCGGCGAUGUUGAUCUGGAGACAGAAGUUACGCCUUUCGUGAUGUAUGAUAACAAAGCUCCGAAAGGAAAUCUUCUUUACAGUCAGGCCGAAAAAUAUAUCGGAUACAGAUCCCCAAGUUUGCUGACAACAAAGUAUACGGAGUCCGAUGUACCACGAGUCUCUUUAAGUAUCAUGAAUUCAUCUAACCCGGUUUUCGCGGAUUACACCAUCCACAACCCCAAUGUCUUCUCUAUGAAAGACAACUUCGAGUAUGAGAAAGGCAAAUACCUUCAGCAUGCGCUAUGUGAUUACGUUGUGGUCGGUUGGCACAGCUCCAUGGAUGAUGGUCCAUUGGGAAAGAACGGAAAUAGAGGCAAUCUCAAGGCCAGACUCGAAGAGUUCUUUUGUAAACUCACUGUUGAUGCUACGGCAGAGCUCGAAAAUAAUCGAGAAAAAACAGCAGUCAUCUCACAUGGCAUGAUAUCUGAUGUCCUUUACGACUCAAAGCAGAGGCCAAAGACUUCGGCUGACAAGUACGCUGAAAACUUUACGAAGGAUGUUGCCAUGGAACCUGUCUCGAUUGGUGUUACACCCCUGGACUCCGUGAUCACGUUCCUGCAUGCCCAUAGGGACGAUGCAUCGCAAGAGCAAUUGCUUGGUGAAGGGAUCAAUGCAACAGCAACGACGAUUCUUGAAAUGGCAGAAUUGCUGUACGAGGCCGGGACUGACUACGAUUCGCGUGUCAAGGCUGCUGAUUUGAUAUCUGGACAAAGCUUCAAAACAACACUCGGGGGGUAUGCAUGGCAUUACGACAAGAGGAAGGCAAAGAACGGACCGCCUCAGUCUCCGUCCAGAGAGGAAGACCCGGUCACUGGGCUGUCCGAGCUUGACAUCCUCAACCGAUUGAACGAGCUUCAACAACAGUUAGACAUCACUGAGCGAAAACUAGCAGUCAGUAGAUGGGCUCUGUUUGCAGAAUGGUUCAAGUACUGCACCGAUGUGAACAAUGGGAUUGAAGCCCGAAGAAGCCAAUAUCUUAACAGAAUGCUGGACCUCUAUGGCAGAGAGCAGACGACCAGCGACCCGAAAAUCCCAAAGAGCGUCUUAAAGUCGCUAUUGGACACAAAGGCCCGACUAACAUCUGCAAUUAAGAACAUCGUGCCUGACUCUGGAACACCGCAAAUUCCUGUGAAGAAGAUAGGUUGUGACACCUUCAAAAUGAGGACAGAUCCCACUAUUUGUGUUGCCGGGAUUGACUCUGGUUGGCCCGCUGAGUUUCUAGAUGCUGUUCAGAUUCGUUUCGAUACCAAUACCUUCCAGCCUCCAUCAAAUCCGGAAAUAACCACGCUCCUCUCCAAUCUCAAUUUACCCGUACUCUCUGGAGACAUUGUACCAACAAUCUUUAAACUACUAUGUGAAGCAAGCGACGGCACGAAAAGAUCUCAGACAGGUCAUAAGAGUUGGUCAGGCCAGCCAUUUUGUCCUAUUUUCAUCGAGUGGGAGGCAAUGUUCUACAAUGUUGAUGCCUCUCAAUGGGCCGUAGGGCUCAGCAGUUCACCCAUGAGUCCAAAUAACCAAAGCCAGGUCCGAUAUAUCAAUCCGAAACCUUUACACCAACCUUUCAACCUCAGCGACCAGGAUACAAGAGCCGUGUCUGGUCGAAUUUUGGUUCUCCCUCAGCCAUCAUUUGCCCUUGCCGCUGUCGUCAAACAGGUCCUGGAUAUUGCCGGCGUCGAUGUUCCGACGACCCUACAAGAGGAGGUUCUUGGCAAGGACGGGAAACCUGUCUUGGACCAAGAAGGCGAAAAGGUUCUUAGUGGGAGACUAGAUCAGGCGAGAUUUCAGGCAUUUAUUCGGAAGAUCGAGCAGCUGAAAUUCAUCAGCGGCGACUUGACUGGAUUUACAGACUCUUUAUUGACUUUGGGCACAGGCUCUCAUGUCAAACCCAAUGUCCGAGAGCAGGGGAAGGGUGUGGUAGCCCUACAAGAGGCCAUCGACUUAAGGCCGAAAAUUGGCCUUCCAGCGAAUCGACCCAAACUCAUGGAGGAGAUGGUCAGUAUGAUGGAUAGCCAGACCUCGAAGACCCCAUUUGGCACAAUGCACAACUUUGAAGGCAGUAAAUUCCAGCCUUUCAAAGGCGUUCAACAUGGACAGCUAGCUAUCACGAAGCUGACCAUUGUGGAUAAAUUUGGUCAAGCUAUCAGUUGUCCCCUCCCACGCAAGGCUCAGAAGAUCAAACCUAAUAUUCCCGACUUCCCCAUCAACCCCUGCGUCGCUGAUCAACUCUGCGCAACUGUCCUUGAGGAUGGGACAUUGAAUACGUGA